AGAAUAAUUGGCCCCCCUCUCUUGGGAAUGACCUCCCAUUUAAAGGAAAGUUAGCAUAUCACAUCGGGUCCCUCCUUUAUGUGAUACUCACAUGGGUCUCAUGUGGGUAUGUUUAUCACGGGUCCCAUUCAAUAUUUACAUAUCACUUCAAAUUAUCUUCUUCGUCUUAUAUCUCUGGCUCCGUCUUGAAUAAUUUGUCUGGUUUGUGUCUUGGACCAGACUGAAUUAGGCUUACUUGUACUGUUCAAAUAAUAUUGGAUGAGGUAAAAUCCCUAAUCCAUCACAUGCCCCCUAGUUUUGAGUCUGUCUCGGAGAACGAGACAAAUUCAGAACUAUAUUACUCAGUGGGUUACCUCGCGGGAUAGAAUUUUCCUCAGUGCCUCGGGAAGAGGACUUUCUUUUAAGGAGGGUCUCGUUUCCUCGUGGGUAAGGAUUUAAAUUGGUGCCUCUCGGAAGAGGAUUUUCUCGGUGGUUUGUGCCUCUUGGAAGAGGGCUUUUCUCAGGGAUUUGUGCCUCUUUGGAAGAAGACUUUCUCGGGGCUUAGUGCCUCUUGGAAGAGGACUUGCUUGGGGCGUAGUGCCUCUUGGAGGAGGACUUUCUCGAGUCUUAGUGCCUCUUUAGAAGAAGACUUUUUCGGGACUUUGUGCCUCUUUGGAAGAGAACUUUCUCGGGACUUUGUGCCUCUUUGGAAGAGGACUUUCUCGAGACUUUGUGCCUCUUUGAAAGAGGGUUUUUCUUUCUCUUCAGUGCCUCGGGAAGAGGACUUGGUGCCUCUUAGAAGAUGACUUUUCUCGGGGAUUUGGGCCUCUUAAAAGAGGACUUUCUUGGGACUUUGUGCCUCUUUGGAAGAGGACUUGGUGCCUCUUAAAGGAGGACUUUUCUCGGGGAUUUGUUGCCUCUGAGAAGAGGGCUUUUCUCGGGGCUCUUUUUUCAAUAUUCUUUGGGAGCCUCUAAACCCCCAAUAGUAAAUAUUUUUAUUUACUAUUUGAUAAAAUAAAUUAGUCAUAUCAUAUUCGUUUUGUAGAAAUUUAAAUCAGUUUUAAGUAUGUUAGGUUUUGGAUAAAAAAUAGGUCGGGUCAUUUUUUCACAGGUCUAGGUGUGGGUGUUUGAUGUCCUAUGUAGAAAAUGAUGGGCCUGGUCUGGACGGGCUGCCUGUCCCUAAUGGGCCGACCCUGCCGUAACGUAAAGGACAUACAAAAUCAGAGGAGAAAGCUCCCAUGAUCCCAACAGUGCCUCAGCACGACGACGCAAUAUGUGAACUAAAAACAUUACCAGUACAAGGAAUAAACAAAACAAAAACAUUAAGGGUCCGUUCGGUAUACGGAAUUGAUAUAAUUGAAAUUGAAUUGGAAUUGAAAUUCCAUGGAAUUGAAUUCAUCAAUUCCAAUUCAUUUUUUGCACUGUCAAUUCAAAAUUUACAUAAUUUUUGUGCUACCAAACACCAAAAUUGGAAUUGAAGUGCUCAAUUCCAAUUUCAUAGUUUGAAUCCCGUGUACCAAACCGGACUUAAUAAAACAAGGCAUAAGAUCUAAGCAGUCUUCCAUAGCAGCAGUGCAGCACCAAAGUAAUAUUAUACUCCCUCCGUCCCUAAAUAAACUUCCCUUUUCGUUUUUUCUUUGUCCUCAAAUAAACUUCUCUUUUUCCUUAAAAAACCCCUUUUACCCCUUACUUUUUCAUACCCUACCUAUCACAUCAUACCUUUUUACUACUCCCUCCGUCCCUAUUUAUUCACCACACGUUGACUUGAACACAAUUUUAGGGAGUAGUUAAAAAGCAUUUUUUUCCCCAAAUUUACCCCACCCACCCGUCCCAAAGCAAGCCUGUACAAACCAAAAAGGGAUAGAAAUGGAGUACUUAAUCUUCCAAAGUAGGUUGACUGUUUCAGCAUUAAAUACGCAGACAUCAUCAUCAAUUUUUUUAAAAAAUAAAAGCAAAGAAAAAAAACAGAAAACCCUAUGAGUAAUAAUUUUAAAAUAAAAAAAAGUUACAACAAAUUGUCUAAAUAUUCUAGAAUAUAUGGCAUCAAUAUUGUCAACAUGCCUUUUUUUUACUUUUUAAAAUUCAUAUUUAAAAAUACCCCGUUCCAUUUUAAUUAUGAAACUAAAUUUUAUGAAAAGAGGAAAACAUAAAAAAUCUGGAGACCACAUAAUCUUCCAGAUUCAUAAAUUGAAAAAAUAGGGAGGAAGUAUAAUCUCAGACAUUAAAUUCUCCAGUUCAGACCCCACUCAUGCAAAAUCCCAGCAUGAAAAAAUACGGAAUACAAAAAUACUGCAAUUUUUUUUUUGAAUUUGAACGAAUUUUUAUAAUUAAUUAAAUAAAAAUUCGAAAUGUUAGAAGAGAAAAAAGAGACGGGAGGAAGAAGACCUUGAGAGUGCCGUUACAGGCGCAAGGAGCUUCCAUGUCCUUCUCCUCGUCCUCUUCCUGGCAAAUCCGGCACUCCCGGACUCCGCCGCCGCAGAAUCCAUCGCAAGAGGCGUCGACGGCCACUUCUGGCGGCGCUACGGCGGCGAUUCUCGGGAAGCAAGAGUGUGUAACAAGCAAACCAGUCAAGAUGGCCGAGCGGUCUAAGGCGCCAGUUUCAGGUACUGGUCCGAAAGGGCGUGGGUUCAAAUCCCACUCUUGACAUUUUUUAUAUAUAACCCCUUAGAGCAUCUCCAAUGGAGCCUUCAUAGUUUAAAAAGUAAAAAUUUUAGACUUCACUAUUCUUAAUAAUGGGCUCCAAAGGGU